AUGGCACGACUCACCUACGCCCGCCUACUCACGCGUCUCCAUACGCUGCGCGACAGCGUUCCUGAGCAGCUGCCGGGUUAUGAAAACGCCCAGCGAGUCAAAGACACCCAGGACGCUAUCAACGCAGGCAUCGUCGCCGCUCAAGCAGGUCUUGAGGGUGACAAGAGCGUGCUCAAGCCCAGCGACCUGAAGUACGAGGUCUCAGCAAAGCUUGACGAGAUUGAUCACCGGUUCGAGCGCGAGGCUGCUGUGAGCCCGAGCUCGAGUUUGGCUGUCGCUGCAGCCGGUGAAGAUGAAGAGGAGAGCGAGAAUGAAGAUGCGGAUGACCAACUCACUCGCGAUCUGACUGCUGCUUUCGAAACCGAGCAGCGAUUGCGGUGGGAGCAGUCCUCAUCCCACUCCGCCAGCGGUAAGGAGAAUCCUAGCGAUACUGCAACAGUCAGUGCAACGAGAGCGCAUCCAGCCAGGAAGCCUGCAAACCGCAAGAAGAACUCCGCCGUGACCAAACGCCCCAUUCGCAACCCAGGUGCGACCACCAAGGCUUGCAUCAAGAAGUCAACAUCCAAGCGUACGACGCGCGCAAAGUCUCGCAUCGCCUCACCUACAGCACUCACCACUGUCACCAACACCAUCGAAGAGCGAGAAGCCGCCGCCGCACUUCUUGAUCUAUUUACAUCAAGCCCUCUCACCAACAACCGCACGAAUACCAUGCAUCCAGCCUAUGCGCCAAACUUCACCUCCAGCGCUCAGGUCACACCUAUCAACAAUAUGGCUAGCAACAAAGGCAAACAGCGGGCCUCUUCCUCCCAGCCUGCAACACCUCUCAACUUCCCCAAUAUGCACCUCCCCAUUACGCAUCCCAACCCUUACCGCCGUACCUUCUCGAAUGCCGAGUUCCUCGACCUCCCCGCUAACGCAAUCGACGCAAGCGCCAAACCUGAGCACAUCUUCCUCGCCGGCGUGCAAUUCGCGAUGCAGAACUUCACUGCUGCGCACGCAACCAAGUUCUGCCGCAAUACUGGCGAUGGCUUUGCAGACAGGUGCUACGAGUAUGUGAGGGUUGAGCUGGGUAUUAAGAGCGAGUAUGAGUUACUGGUCGAGAAGUAUGAGGCUGAGAUGAUUGCCAAGGGGGCGGUGAGGAACGGCGGCGAGAGUGCUGCUGGCAAGGGCUUCUGGGACGUCAUAUAA